AUCCCUACAGUUCAUCCAUCUCCAUGACGUCAUGAGCCUGAACUGUAGCAUAAGGUCUAUGGACGCCAUCUUGGGGCAGUUUUGCCUGUAAACAAACAACAAAAGCAGCAAAAAGUGCUGUCUCCAGGUCCCUGGGACAUCUGGAGGCGUCAUGAAUGGGUCAGGAAUUCUCUUCAGGAAGUUCUCAGUCGAUCCACUGGACCUUUUGGAGUCCUAAGGACCACAAAGUCUUUGUUCAUCGACCUCGAGGAGUGUUCACCCUUCACCAGGACGAAUCAACCCGUGAAAACCAGUGAAAAUUGGGUUUUGAGGUUAUGUUCACAAAGGGUUUCAACCCCUUUUUAUGACUGAAAAUGGAUAAUUUGUUUGGAAAAGAUGAUUCUGACAACGAAAAUACUGAAAAUAUUGAAAUUCGGUACAACAAAAAUUUCACUAGAGACAGCGACGUCGGCGUCGACGACAUGAUAGACGUUGACGAUCACGACGUCAAGACUGAACUGAGCAGUUCUGGUGCUGAACCAGCAUCUGACUCUGACCUGAGCAUCUCCAGGGAUCAUUCAACAUCCCUGACAGGUGAUAAAGCCCUCCAGGACUCCAGGAGCAGCAGCACCGAGUCAUCUCGACUGGAUUUGGAGUUAAAUCGACCAAAAAUUGUUGAUGAUUUAUUUAAUUCUGAUAUUGUCCUGCCACAAGUGGCACCAGUUGUCCUGAAGGAGCGUCGGGAGAGUCGAGAGAAGAAUAAGAAGGAGCUGGAGGAGGAGGAGAGGGAGAAAAUGCAAGUUUUGGUGUCAAAUUUCACUGAGGGUCAGCUGGACAGGUACGAAAUGUACCGAAGGGCUGCCUUCCCCAAGGCCGCCAUAAAGAGGAUUAUGCAGACGAUAACUGGGUGUUCAGUGUCCCAGAACGUUGUUAUCGCGAUGUCGGGGAUUGCCAAAGUGUUUGUGGGUGAGAUCGUCGAGGAAGCUCUGGAUGUUAUGGAGACCAACAGCGACUCUGGACCACUCCAGCCAAAGCAUCUUCGAGAAGCUGUUCGUAGGUUGAGGUGUCAAGGUCAAAUACCAGCUGGAAAGACGAAGAAAGCAUUUGUCAGGGUCUAGAGUUAAUUAAUAAAUUAAUUUGUUGUGAUUUGAGUUGAUACGAAAUUAAUUUUUUACACUUUCGACGUUUAUCAUGUAAUAAAAUUCAUUAAAUCAUUAUAAUAAACAAA